CUUUCUCAAGAUGAGAACUUUGCCAUUUUUGUUGGCGCUGACGCUGUUGGUCAUUGGAGCCACGGCGACUGCCUCCUCCAAAUACUCCAGCACCACCACCACCACAUCGGCGAAGCCAAAAACAGAGAUCAAGGGUAAAGUUGAGCCAGAGAAGCCCACCAAGCAGCCGUCGCCAUCGGCAUCGCCUUCGUCCAAGGCAUCCAGCACCACCACCUCCACCACCCGCCAGUCGAAGGCCUUGAAGCCGGGAGAGAAUCGCGGCAAGAGAACGCUCUACGACUUCGGAAACGCCGGCUAUCUGUAUCCGGAAGUGGCCUCUCGGAGGGCUGGCUAUGUGGACAACACGGCUAGCUAUUAUCCCCAGACUGGCUACUACAAUGGUCAAAAUGCAAUUGCUCAAUACCCCGGCAACUUUGGGCCCGCCUACGCGCAAUAUCCUCAGUACUUGGAGGCUCCAGAGCCCAUCAUCGAGAUCAUCAUCAAGGAUGCCAAUGAAACUCUGGCCGAAGAGCCCGCCCAACCAAUUGUGACGAAGAAAAAGAAGAAGAAGGAGAAGGUGCACGUGUUCUAUGUGAACUACAAGAAGGAUCAGAACAACAAGUUGCAUUUGGAGUCACCGAUUGCCUCGCUGAACAACGAUGAUAACGAGGAGGAGGAAGAGGAGGAGGAAGAGGUCAUCCAGUAUCCCGUGACGCCACUGCCCCCGGUGAAAUCAACCACCCUGCGUACCAUUAUCCAUCCGGACUCGGAGAAGUUCCACAGCAAUUCGGGGAUCCAUGUGUCCUUUGGAGCCGAGAACCAGCACCAGACUGGUCACAUUCUGGAGGAGCACGAUGCCGAGAGCAUUCAGCGCCAGGUGGUGGCUCUUCCUCCCUCGGUGUCCUCCAAAUCGGAGGGUGGAUAUAUCAGCAACACACGAGCGGAUUACGGCCGAGAGAAUAACUUUGGAUCUCGACCAGGACCCAUUUCGAAUCUACUCUUUGGUAGCAACUACCAACAGUCCAACAUUAACUACCAGCAGCAGCAACAGCAAUUGCCCACGCAGCACGGCAGCAACUACUUCAGGCCACCGGCUGCCUUGGUGGGUCCUCCUCCCAGCUACCCUAAGCCAGCGGCACAGGUGCAACAGGUGCAGCAGCAACAUCGGCCAAGCAUCACCCAGCAGCAGCUGCCCUCCACUUCCUCCCAGACAAUUUUCAAUAAGCUGGUGCAACAGUCGCAGUACUAUAUUAACCACAAUCAGCAGUACCCACAGCAGCAACAUCACCAGCAGCAGCAACAGCAGCAUCAGCAGCAACAUCAGCAGCAACAUCAGCAUCAACAGCAGCAGCAACAUCAGCAGGCACCACAGCAACAGGCACCGCAGCAACAGCAAUAUCAGAAGCCUCCCCACAAGCAGGUCCAAGUGCCAUUCUUUCCCACAAUUCCCCCGAAAAGCGUCACUCCUGCGCCAUAUCAGCCCGUCAAGUUCCGUCCCACGCCAGCACCUGUGUCCCAGGUGAAACCAAUUCCACUGCCCGUCCAGUUGGAUAAUGCCAACUAUCAGCAGCAGCAGCAACACUAUCAGCCGCAGCAGCAGCAGAAGUUGCCGCAUCAGCAGCAAUCUUAUCAGUUUGUGCGUCAGCCGCAAUUCGUGCAGCAGCCACAGUUUGUGGUGCGCUCGCCCACUCCACCACCAGAAUACUACUCGCAACAGAAGCAGCAGGCACAGCAGCAACAUUCCCAGCAGCAACAUCACCAGAGCGGCCUCAACUAUUUCGACAUUAAGCCUUCCAAGGAGACGGAGCUGCUCAAGUCCAUUCCCAAGUUCGAGCAGCACAUCACGGAGACGGUGCAGAAUCCCAUUGCUCCCUCGCAGCAGCCACAGGUGCAAUAUCAGCAGCAGCAGCAACACCAGCAGGUGCAUCAGCAACAUCAGCAGUUUGCCUAUAGCAGCACGCGGAAUGAGGUGAUCCACGAUGUGCCCGCGCCCAAUUUGGGACCCACUGCUGCCCAGCAGCCCAUCUCUGGACACUAUGUAACAGCCGGAUCUUCGGGUGCCCACCAUUCCCAGCAGCAAUCUCACUUUGCCAGCUUCCCCAGUGAGGCUCCAUCGCAGCCUCCCGUCUACGCGGAGUCCACCCAUGGCCAGAAAGUGAUGGUCGUGACCCCAGUGCCCCCUUCUUCCAACUACGUGACCUACAGCCAGUACUCCCAGUUGCAUUCCAAUGAGCCGGUGGUCCAUGUCAAUGCCCAGUCGGCGGCUCUGCAGGCUCAGGCCAGCACCAACUUUGCCCAACAGCCCAGGCAGCCAGCCUCCUCCACCGACAACUCACCCUUCAGUGUGUCCACCUUCCACUCGGAUGUGUUCAAGGAGCUGGAGCAGCGCAACCAGAAGGAUAAGCAGGUGGCGCCACAGCAGCAGGCUCUAAAGAUUGCCGCCCCCGCUCCCACACCCGCUCCUUCCGCCUCUCCCAAUGGCAAGGCCUCGCAGACGCUGCUCCAACUGCCCGACGAGGUGCCCGAUGAUCUCCGCCAGCAGCUCUUCUCCUCGGGCAUCCUGAACAACGCGGACAUCUCCAUUCUGGACUACGACAAGCAGGGAGAUAUUGCCCUAGAGAACCUGCCCGCCGAGCAUCUGCAGCACUUCUACGGAGCCGGCGGUGGCGCCCAGAUUGCCGAGACCAAGAAAGUUUUGACCGUGGUUAAGCCCAAUGGCGAUAAGGUGGCCAUUAGUGAGAAGCAGCUGGAUCGCGUUAAGCAGACCAAUUCGCUGCCCCAGAAACAGGAUUUGGAUGUCAAGGUGGUGCGGUAUGAUCAGAGCCAAGGUCAGAGUGUCAGCGACAAGUAUGUGCGCACCGAUGCCACAGUGGUGACUCCUGUGGAUUUGGCCGAGCGGCAGCAGUACAACCGCUACUUGCCCCUGAAGAUCAACGGAGCCCAGUUCCCGAUUCCCGACAGCGAGGAGCUGCUGGGCAAGCGGAUUGUCAGCGUGGUGGUUCUGGCUCCCGUGGAGGCCCAGAAUCCCGGACAGGCGAGCGGUGAGGCGCGAAGUGCCGACGGCAAGGAGGUCAAGUUCCUGGGCGGUGAGCUCAUCAAAACGCUGGUGAAGAAGCCCACCAAGGACAACUUUAAGCGCUGGCUGGAGAAGGAGGCGCGCACGGAUCUGGAGCUGCAGUCCGUCGUCCUGCUGGUGGCCAAAUCCACCGAUGCCUCCGCGGAGCAGGAGAUCUUCAUGUACGACAUUGGAACGGGCAGCAUCAACCGGUUGAAUGGAGAGCUCUCCAGCACAUUCGUCAAUGUGGCCGAGGAGAACGCCAGCAGCGAGGAUCUAGAGCACGCCGCCACCUUGGACCCCAGUUCGCUGGAGUCCAUGAUGCAUCUGCGCCGCAGAUAGACAUCGCGAUCGAGUCGAGUCGCCGCAGUCCACAACAAAAUGCCAUUUAGCUACUCAACUAGAGACAUGAUCAUCGUGCGCCCCUGAAAACCCCCCCUGAAUUUUACUACUUCCUUAGUUUUUUGUUUUCUACACUUUCCUUACUCUUUCCUCAGGUUGCACAUUUUUCACUCAAAAAAAAAAAGAGAAACUCGUUUCAUUGAUCACGGCAUUGCAUCCAAUCCUCUCGUAGUAUUUCCAUUUUGUAAAUAUUCUAUGCUGAUGUUACAAUUAUCGUAAUUUAAGUUAAUUUACGUAAAAAUAUUAAA